AUGAUAUUGACACCAUCUCAGCGAUUGGCCGUUACUAGGGGGUUUCAGCCAGGAAGAAUACUUUCUAUACAGAGCGGUCCAGGAUGUGGGAAAAGUUUGUGCAUUGCUAAAAGAAUUGAGUUUAUGCUAAAUAGAGGAGUAGCUCCAGAAGAGAUUAUAGUAUUGUCGAUGACAAAUCGAGCGGUUAAUUCGCUCAAAAAGACAAUCUCCAAUUCGUUUGGUUCACGCGUGGAUGACUUGGUUAUCAAGACAUUUCAUUCCUUUGCAUCGAUGAUAGUUGACGGACACCAAGCAACAUAUUUUCCUAAUCGGCCGCCUAACAGCGUGAUGGACGACUCAAAUUGGAGAAGCUUUGCUAGAUUUUUUGGAGCAAAAUAUCAUGCUUUGGAAAAAGCUGUUGACGAGGUUAAUCAUGGAUCACCUAUUGAGUCAGUUGCUGAGAUAAAUUCAAUACCUGUGGCUAAGUUGAAGGAGACGGUAAAGUAUCUUGAAGAUAACGGGAUAGUGAGGUAUCUGGGUUUGAUAACCUCGGCAAUGAAGUUGAUGGACAAAUCCGGUGAUAAUCUACCCUUGGCAAAUGCAAAAGUGUUGGUCAUUGACGAGUUUCAAGAUAUGCAUCCCAAGCUUUUGCAGUUUAUUAAAAAAAUUGCUCUAUAUGGGACCCCAAAGCAUAUUACAUUAGCCGGGGAUAAAAACCAAUGCAUUUAUGAAUUCUUAAUGUCUUAUCCCACGAUUACCGAGGAUUUUAUAAAGGAGUUGGGAUUCCCUUCUGAGGAAGUGGUUUUGAAGGAAACUUUCCGCUUAACGCCGCAAAUCCUCAAAGAGGCAAAUAGCAUUAUUCGCACCGACAUUCAAAGUGCUAAAGCCACUGGUUUGGAGAUUAUGAAACAAGAAGACUUGUGCACUGAUAUUGUUGAGUUGAUAGCCCUUUCAGGUGGUUUAUUGCGGUUUUCUGACUUGAUUGUCCUUGUUAGGACAAACAAGGAAGUUGACGAUAUCUCACAAACAUUGACGGAAAAGUAUGGUAUAAAAUGCAACAAAUAUAAUGGCCAAGACUGGGUUAAUUCCGAGUUGCAUAUAUUUCUUGAUGUAUUGCAUAUUCUUCGAAGAAGCUAUGGGUCUGAUUUUGCAUUAUUAUUGAUGUUUGAGCGGUUAGGCAUGAAGAAGAAUGAGUUGAAAGAUCUCUUUGUAGCUUACAAGCAAUGGAACAAGAGCAACGAAAACAAGUUGGAGGAGUUUUUGAGGAUGAAUUUAAAGAAUGAGAAGGAAAAGUUUGCCGAGUUUUUGGAUUGUGUCCAGGCUGAAAGAUACGAGUUGGACACUCCUGUGUCUAUAAUGGGCUCUCUUGGAAGAAUCACACAAAAGUUUAACUUAUUACCCUGGAGUUCCAAAUUGCAGGAAAAUUUGAAUAGCUUCUUUCUAUCGUUGGAAUAUUCUUACAUGAAUUACUCAAAAGAUCCAACCUCGACAUUUAUUGAGUACUUUUUAUCGCAUUAUCACGAAGCAGAACCUAUCUUGGAAGAUAAUCUGGUAAAUAUCUCAACUGUACAUAAGGCGAAAGGUUUAGAGUUUCCAGUGGUUUUUAUUCCUUCAAGAAGGGGCUUUUCAUCCCGUCUUCUAAACUAA